AUGUGGUGGGCCAUUAGUGCCGGAACUAGCGACGGCGGCAAACAGCAUCGCAACGGUGGGAGCCAGGGAAAGACGGCAUGUGGGUCGGCCCACCAACUGCAUUUAUUCCGCCAGAGGCAGGCGCGGGAUGUUUCAAUCGAUCCCCAAGUCGAAAUCAAGAUAGCUCGGCAGGGGCAGAACGCCGGCGAGCGUUUCUGCAAGUACCGGAAUCACAAUCCAUCAGCUGGUGGAUGCGACUUCUAUGUGGCAGCAAGCCUACGCCGACUACCUCGCCUCUCUUGGCCCAGCUACGUCCAGGAGCAAGUCGGCCAAGCGGUGGGAGCUCAAGGUCUGCAGCCGCCGCACGCAUCGGAUGGGCAGCAGAACGUCGUGCCCGAGGGUUCCCAGGUCGCAUCUUCCGUCAGCGCCGCCGCAGGGGACAUGGUCGCUGCGCCCCCAAUUACAGGGCGCCAGGGAACCAUUGCUGUCGACGCUUCGUCCAUAAAUCUGGUGGCAUCCGUCGCUAAUCUCGUGAUUGGCGUGGCCAAUCUUAUACUGCUUGUGGCCGCGAUUAUGAUGCGCGUGCUGAAUUAG